UCAAGAAGCUGAACGUAUCUACAUACGAAUAGUAGAUUCGCGUCGCGCCGCUAUAACGUAUCUCUUCGUGUUUCUGUUCUCCGGAAAAUUUGCUGUCAAUCAUCAAACGUUCGAUGAAAUUCAGCAAGAUGAAUAUCACCUCAGCAGCUGGCAUAAUUUCCUUGUUGGAGGAGCCGAUGCCCGAACUGAAAGUGUUUGCUUUGAAGAAACUGGACAUGAUAGUCGACGAAUUCUGGCCCGAGAUUUCUGAGGCUAUCGAAAAGAUUGAAAUUCUGCAUGAGGAUAAAUUGUUCCAACAACAUGAAUUGGCUGCUUUGGUUGCCAGCAAGGUGUAUUAUCAUCUGGGUAGCUUUGAGGAUUCACUGACUUAUGCUCUUGGAGCAGGAGAGCUAUUUGAUGUCAAUGCUCGAAACGAAUAUGUCGACACUACUAUUGCCAAGUGUAUUGAUUUUUACACCCAGCAACGUGUCUUGGAGGCGGAAGGAAAACUUCCCCCAGGAAGCAAGGGUAUUGAUCCUAGACUGGAAGGAAUAGUGAACCGAAUGUUCCAACGCUGUCUUGAUGACAAUCAGUAUCGUCAGGCCCUGGGCCUUGCCCUGGAGACACGCAGGAUGGACAUAUUCGAAGCAGCUAUUAUGCAGUCGGACGACGUGAGCGGGAUGUUAUCAUACGCUUUCCAAGUAGCUAUGAGCCUGAUUCAGAACCGCGGAUUUCGCAAUACUGUGCUCCGUUGUUUGGUCAGCCUCUACCGGAAUCUCGGCACCCCCGACUAUGUCAAUAUGUGCCAGUGCCUCAUCUUUCUGGACGAUCCGUUGGCCGUAGCCGAACUUCUGGACCGACUGAGCAAGGGUUCACAGGACUGUGUGCUGAUGGCUUAUCAGAUCGCCUUUGAUCUGUACGAAUCUGCGACCCAGCAGUUUCUCGGUCGUGUCUUGCAAGCUUUGCGAGCUACUGCGCCUAUUCCGGGCGCGCUGCUGGUUAAACCUGUGGUUAAACCAGCUGUCGCUACCACUGCCGCCAAGAGCGCCGAAGACAGCACGGAGACUACGAACAUGGAAACCGAUGAAGGGACUGCAGCUCCCAAUGGGGAAGAGAAGGCCCAGCGCAGUGUUGAGAGUUUGAAUGCAGAGGAGAGGGAGCAGCAGGAGCGCGUGGACGCUCUAUCCAGCAUUUUGGGUGGCGAGGUGUCCAUUGACCUGCAUCUGCAGUUUCUGAUUCGCAGCAAUCAUACUGAUAUGCUGAUUCUGAAGAAUACCAAGGACGCGAUACGAGUUUCGAUUUGCCAUACUGCCACUGUAAUCGCGAAUGCCUUUAUGCAUUCUGGGACAACUAGCGAUCAAUUUUUGAGGGAUAAUCUAGAGUGGCUAGCACGAGCUACUAAUUGGGCGAAACUGACUGCAACAGCUUCUUUGGGAGUGAUUCAUCGGGGUCACGAGCAAGAAGCUUUAGCCCUCAUGCAAUCUUACUUGCCGAGAGAUUCCGGUGCUGCGGGUGCUGGAUACUCUGAAGGCGGCGGUUUAUACGCUUUGGGACUUAUACACGCUAAUCAUGGGGCCGCAAUCACGGACUAUCUUUUGGGUCAAUUAAAGGAUGCUCAAAAUGAAAUGGUCCGUCACGGUGGCUGCCUUGGCCUUGGAUUAGCUGCGAUGGGCUCGCAUAGACAGGAUGUUUAUGAACAACUGAAAUUUAAUUUGUAUCAAGAUGACGCUGUGACCGGCGAAGCGGCCGGGAUUGCUAUGGGCAUGGUCAUGCUAGGAUCCAAAUCUACGCAGGCUAUUGAAGACAUGGUCGCGUACGCCCAAGAGACGCAGCACGAGAAGAUCCUGCGCGGCCUGGCCGUCGGCAUCGCCUUCACGAUGUACGGUCGUCUCGAGGAGGCCGAUCCCCUGGUGACAUCCUUAUGCGCUGAUAAGGAUCCGAUCCUGCGCAGGAGCGGCAUGUACACCUUGGCGAUGGCUUACUGCGGUACCGGAAAUAACCAGGCCAUUCGCAAGCUCCUGCACGUUGCGGUCUCUGAUGUUAACGAUGACGUUCGACGAGCCGCGGUUACUGGCUUGGGCUUCCUACUAUUCCGGACUCCGGAACAGUGUCCUAGUGUGGUGUCCCUCUUAGCGGAAAGCUACAAUCCGCAUGUGAGGUACGGCGCGGCGAUGGCAUUGGGAAUUGCCUGCGCGGGUACCGGUCUAAAGGAAGCUAUCGCUUUGCUGGAUCCGAUGACCAACGAUCCCGUGAACUUUGUCAGGCAGGGCGCGUUGAUCGCCUCCGCCAUGAUCCUGAUUCAGCAGACGGAGUCGACGUGUCCUCGCGUCAAGGAUUUCAGAGCUUUAUAUGCUAAGGUUAUCGUAGACAAACACGAGGACGUGAUGGCUAAGUUUGGGGCCAUCUUGGCACAAGGAAUCAUCGAUGCUGGCGGCCGUAACGUGACCGUGUCCUUACAGUCGCGAACAGGACACACGAAUAUGCUGGCGGUAGUUGGUGCUUUAGUGUUCACUCAGUAUUGGUACUGGUUUCCAUUGGCGCAUUGCUUGGCCCUGGCAUUCACACCCACGUGCUUGAUCGCCCUCAAUGCUCAGCUGAAGAUGCCCAAGCUGAAGAUCAGGUCGGAUGCCAGACCGAGCAUGUACGCUUAUCCCGCACCCCUUGAGGAGAAGAAGAGGGAAGAACGGGAGAAGGUCACCACCGCCGUCCUCAGCAUUGCGGCUCGUGCCAGGAGACGCGAGUCCGAAAGGAAGGCCAGGGAUUCACACGAGAAGAUGGAAGUGGAUCCGCCUUCGGAGACGAAGGAACUUCACGAGGUGAAAGAAGUCGCGUCGUCCUCGAAGGAGAAGGAUGACAAGAAGAAGGACGAGAAGGAGGCUAAGGAGCCCAAGGAGAAGGCCGAGAAGAAAGGAAGUAAGGAUGAUGAAAAGGAGAAGAAGGAGUCCGAGCCGAACUUCGAUAUGGCGGAGAUCCUUCAAAAUCCUGCGCGAAUUCUGCGUCAGCAACUAAAGGUCAUCCAGUUGCUCGAGGGCAGUCCUUACGUUCCCGUCAAGGAUAUUCAGAUUGGAGGUAUCGUCAUGGUCAAACAUAUACAGACCGACACCGAGGAGGAGCUCGUCAAGCCUGUCGCCGCUUUCGGACCGAAGCCGGAGGAGGAAAAGGAGGCCGAUCCACCCGAGCCUUUCGAGUAUACCGAGGAUUAAGGGCCGGGAACACGCAUUGCCCCUUUCUGUCAUCUCGAUGUCCGUCAUUCGUCAUCGCGAUAAAAUCGCGAUACGCUUGUCGUCACUUUUUGUUAAUAUCAUCGCGCCUGCUUUUUUUUUAGUGCGUGUCUAUUUGAUCAGCGAAAUAUUCUGCGAGCUCUAAUAAAACCGUUGCGUCAGAUC